UGAGGGGCGGGCACCACUGCAGUCCUCCUACAUUCACCUCUCCUCCUGUCCUGUCUCCUGUCUCAGAUACAGUCAAGCGUUACUUGCCUCCGCAGGGCAACAUUGUUAUUUAGGGGGUCUGGUAGGUGACAGGGACAGACCGACAUGAUGGCCGGCGUGGUGGCAGCACCGAAGCGACAGGACACCCGCAAACUGUUCGAGAACCUGACCGGAGCUGGUAAAUCCAUCGCUGUGCUGACAAGCGGAGGAGAUGCUCAAGGUAUGAAUGCGGCCGUCCGGGCCGUCGUCCGAAUGGGCAUCUACGUGGGAGCAAAGGUCUACUUCAUCUACGAGGGAUACCAGGGGAUGGUGGACGGAGGAGGCUACAUCAAAGAGGCGACAUGGGAAAGCGUCUCCAGCAUGUUGCAAGUGGGUGGCACAGUCAUCGGCAGCGCCCGCUGUAAAGAGUUCCGUACCCACGAGGGCCGCUUGAAAGCCGCACACAACCUUGUGCAGCGCAGAAUCACCAACCUGUGUGUGAUCGGUGGAGACGGCAGCCUGACCGGAGCCAACCUGUUCAGAGAGGAGUGGAGCGGCCUGUUGGAUGAGCUCCUCCAACAAGGUCUGAUCGAUAAGGAGGCAGCCCGCAGUAACUCGGAGCUCCAUAUCGUCGGCAUGGUCGGCUCCAUCGACAAUGACUUCUGCGGCACCGACAUGACCAUCGGCACCGACUCGGCACUGCACAGGAUCAUUGAGGUGGUGGACGCCAUCAUGACCACCGCUCAGAGCCACCAGAGGACAUUUGUGCUGGAGGUCAUGGGCAGGCACUGCGGAUACCUGGCCCUGGUUAGUGCCCUGGCCUGCGGAGCAGACUGGGUGUUUAUCCCAGAAAUGCCUCCUGAAGAUGGCUGGGAGGACAGCAUGUGUCAGAAACUGUCUGAGAGCCGAUCUCGAGGUUCCAGGUUGAACAUUAUCAUAGUUGCUGAAGGAGCCAUUGACAGACAAGGACAACCCAUUACCUCUAAUUUUGUGAAGGAUCUGGUAGUACGCUGCCUGGGUUUUGACACCAGGGUCACCAUCUUGGGCCACGUGCAGCGAGGUGGGACCCCCUCGGCCUUUGACAGGAUCCUGGCCAGUCGUAUGGGCGUGGAGGCGGUGCUGGCGUUACUGGAGGCCUCUCCAACUACCCCGGCCUGCGUCGUGUCUCUAGUUGGCAACCAGGCUGUUCGACUACCACUUAUGGAGUGUGUUCAGAUGACCCAAGAGGUACAGAAGGCCAUGGAUGAGAAGAAAUUUGAAGAAGCAGUGAGACUGCGUGGCAGGAGCUUUGAAAACAAUCUAACCACCUACAGACUCCUCUCCUACCGAACAGCCGAUUCUGAACUUCCAAAUGGAGAGGAGGAGGCGGGGGGUGAAGAGCGUUCUGACAGCUCCUUCAAUGUUGCGGUGCUGAACGUCGGCGCCCCGGCAGCAGGUAUGAACGCUGCCGUGCGUGCUGCUGUCAGAGUGGGAAUCACUGAAGGCCACAAAAUGUUUGCCGUCAAUGACGGCUUCGAGGGAUUCUACAAGGGACAGAUCAAGGAGAUCAAAUGGGGAGAUGUUGGUGGUUGGACUGGCCAAGGAGGCUCUCUGCUCGGGACCAAACGAACUCUUCCAGGCAAACAUCUGGAUAAGAUCGCUGAGCAGAUUAGGAUCCAUAACAUCAACGCCCUGCUGGUCAUCGGAGGAUUCGAGGCAUAUGUGGGAUUACUGGAACUUUCUGCUGCGCGGGACAAGCAUACCGAGCUCUGUGUGCCUAUGGUUAUGGUCCCCGCCACCGUCUCCAACAAUAUACCUGGUUCAGACCUCAGCAUUGGCUCAGACACCGCUCUGAACGCCAUUACUGAUACAUGUGAUCGCAUCAAGCAGUCCGCCAGUGGCACCAAGCGGCGGGUCUUCAUCAUCGAGACCAUGGGGGGCUACUGUGGCUACCUGGCUACCGUGGGCGGUCUGGCUGCAGGCGCCGACACCGUCUACAUCUACGAGGAGCCGUUUAACAUCCGGGACCUGCAGGCCAACGUGGAGCAUCUGACACAGAAGAUGAAGACGAGUAUCCAGAGAGGCAUGGUGCUCAGAAAUGAGAAUUCCAAUGAGAACUUCACCACUGACUUUAUCUACCAGCUGUACACUGAGGAGGGAAAAGGAGUGUUUGACUGUAGGAAGAACAUCCUCGGUCAUAUGCAGCAGGGAGGAGCUCCAUCACCAUUUGAUAGAAACUUUGGCACCAAAGUUGCUGCUAAAGCCAUACAAUGGAUCACACGGACGCUCAAGGAGUCUUACAAAGGAGGGCGUGUGUUUGCUAACUCGGAGGACACGGCCUGCCUGUUGGGGAUGCGUCGCAGAGCUCUGGUCUUUCAGCCUGUGUCACAGCUCCGGGACGAGACGGACUUUGUCCACAGGAUCCCUAAGGAGCAGUGGUGGCUGAAGCUCCGUCCACUGAUGAAAAUCCUGGCCAAGUACAAGACUAGCUAUGACGUGUCCGACUCCGGCCAGCUGGAACACGUGACCCGGAUCCGACCCAAAGAGACCAACACCACUGCGGCCAUCUGAGCCGUCGCAUCGCUGCCAGUGGAGAGCUUCACUCCUGCAAGAAAACAGCUUCACAGAACAGUGACGCUACUCACACGAUGACUGAUCGACCGCCGAUUGACUGCAAAUAAAUUAAAGUAGAUUUUCAAAGAUAGUUGGUAAUUUUAAAAAGGUAUAUUGUAUGGUAAAGUCAUGGCACUUUAAGGAAGGGAUCUUCUAUUUUUUAGAUAUUGACAGAUUCAAUUUGAGGGUGAGUCGUUUGGAAUAGAGCUCUUAAGUAGUUUCAACAAGCUAGAGCUGACGUAAUUCCGAGAUCCCCAAUCAAAGUAAUUAUAGAGAUAAAAAUAUAUAUAAGCACUCCUUAUUAUGUACUGUAUUUAAGUUUUAGUCCCGAAAAUGUAGUUAAUUUUAACUCUGUUGCUGAGAAAACACCCAUGUUGAGGUGCGUGAUGUCUGGCUUUUGUCAUUUCAUUUUUUUCUACAGCAUUUUGAGCCCCAAAAUUAAUGUAAUCCCCUAAAGCUGCUUCUAAAGAGAUAUUAUAUACCAGGAGGAUCACACGCUGUUAAUCUAAUGUCUGUUCACACCUUGAAAAUCAUCUACCAUCUUGACUGUUAGAUGGAAUUGUGACCUACAGAAGGUUUAGUGAGCUGAGCUGGCCUUGUGUGUGUGUGUCCUUAUCACCUGCAAAUCGUGUGUAUGAGUGUGUGUGUAUUAUGGUGUUGCCUCAGCAUCCACCUUGGGCUUUGUAUGUGGCAUCUUUAGAGUGGUAUUGUGAGUAGGGUUCUGCUGUUGAUGUAGUUUGGCAAUGAAGUGGAGAAUGUCUGAAUCUUGUACGCAACAUUAAUUAUGUGCUGGCAGUGUAAUGUGUGUGUCCUGUCACAGAGUAAUAAAACAUUUAUUGUGUGGAAAGUCAUGAAA